ACGUGUCGCUAUGGCGAUUUCUGUACACGGAUUAGAAAUGAACGAUGAUCGUAUUUACAAUGUAUCUUCCGUUGAAGAAGCCGAAGAUUUGUACAAACAGCUCUGCUUAGAAGAGGAACAAGCUACCAAAACUUUGGAUGAUUUGGUCUCCCAAAGAACUGAGUUGGAAUCGAAGAUCACCAAAAUUCAUCAAAUCUUGCCAACAUUUCAGCUUGUUUUUGGGGAUGCAGAGCAACUUGCAAACAUGAUAUCAUUUACUUCCACACUUGCCGAGAACAUCAGCAGCAAAGUUCGGCAGCUAGACCUAGCAAAGAGUCGAGUGACAGAGUGCGUUCAAAGAGUCGAAGACAUCUUGGAUCUGAAGUUCUGCACUGAUGGUGUACAAACUGCCUUACAAAAUGAGGACUAUGAACAGGCAGCCGCACACAUUCACAGAUUCUUGAGCCUGGACGAGUCUGUUCUGAAACGAUCGACAGCUGACAUUCAAGAAGGCAGCAGCUUAGAGGAGGCUUUUUCAUCACUUCGUGAAGCUAAAAACAGGCUUCGUCAUAUAGUCAUGAAGAAGUUCAAGGAGGCAGUCAAUGAAGGAGACAUUGCUUCUGUGGAGCGCUUCUUCAAAAUUUUUCCUCUUCUCAACCAACACGAUGAAGGGCUGCACAAGUUCUCGCUUUACUUGAGUUCACAGAUCUCUGAAACUGCACACAAAAACCUCAAGCAGGCUCAAGCAACAAGUUCCACAGAUAAGCGUGCAAAUGUUAUUUAUGCUGAUACAGUGACCCUGUUGUUUGAGGGAAUUGCAAGGACCAUCGAGAUCCAUCAACCUCUAGUGGAGACUUACUAUGGUCAUGGCAGACUUCACACCGUGGUGGAGCUCUUACAAAAGGAGUGCGACUGCCAAGUGAAAAAAAUCUUAGAGGAUUUCAAGAAAAAUAGGCAAUUCAAGAAAAGGGCACAACAAGUUCAAACAUACCUUCGAAGUUCUAAACAGACUGACAAGUUGGAUCCACGGGACUUGGACGUCCUUCUUGCUGAAGUGGCUCUUUUGAACAGCCGUGCAGAACUCUACUUACGAUUUAUUCGAAGAAGAGUAGCUAGUGACUUCGAUGUUGCGUACCAAGAUCCUACAGUGAAAUCUGAAAAAGUUCAGCAGUUUGACAGAAAAAUCAAAGAAAGUGACCUGUGCAAGUCUAUGCAAGAAAUUGUGAGCACAUAUAUAGUAAUGGAGGAGUAUUUCCUCAUCGAGUCUGUUAGAAAGGCAAUUGAAGUUGAUACCAUUGAGGAGAAUUCCCAGUGCUCUAGCAUGUUGGAUGAUGUCUUUUUUAUCCUGAAGAAGUGUCUUAAGCGAGCAUUUUCAAGUGGCAGUGUGGAUGGGGUAUGCGCCAUGCUGAACCAUAGUUGUUCACUCUUGGAAACAGACUUUGCUAAUGAGCUCUCUGAACGCUUAAAAAUGGGCUUUCCACCAUCAGGCAUCUUGGACCUCAGUCAGGCAUAUUCUAUGAUUCAAAGUAGCUUUCAGCAGGGAAGAAUACAACCAGCUGAAACUGUGGAAAAAGCCAGAGCUGUGUUUGUGACAACAUUGAACAAUGUGGAAAUGGCAAGAGAAUACACGAAGACCCUUGCCAGCACUCUUCAGGAAGACCUUCCCAGAUCUUUUGCUUCAGCUACGGAGCAAGAGACUGCUAAACUGGAGAGCUGCCUAACUGACCUCAGCAACUCUUCACUGAAGUUCCAAUCCCUUCUAAGCUAUGGUGUGGCAGAGCUUUGCAAUUCAGCAAUCAAGCCGCAUGUGAAGUCUUGGGCCGAUACAUUCCAGUCAACUGACCAUUCUUUGACUGAAGAUGACUUCACCUCUUACGAAGCCAACGAUGGAAUCAGGCCAUUUCUGCAGACAUUCAUUGUUACACUUGACGGCGCGUUGAAGGCUUUCAAGGGCGAUUUGAUUCCUGCCAACUAUGACAGCCUGGUAAAUCUUACAGCAGCAGAGACUACAUUUCAGCUUGAGAAAGCAGUUUUCAAGUGUUCUUUCAACAGGCUUGGCGGUCUACAGUUUGACAAGGAGCUGCGAUAUCUGAUUAGCUACAUGACUUCCGUCACAACGUGGUCGAUUAGGGACAAAUUUUCCAGAGUGUCGCAAAUUUCUACUCUUCUCAACAUGGAGAUGGUGUCUGAGAUUCUUGACAUUUGGGGAACAAAUGCUGGACCGAUGACAUGGAGGCUUACUCCCACUGAAGUGAGGCAAGUCUUGAGUCUGAGGAAUGACUUCCGUCAAGAGGAUAUAAGAAGACUAAAGCUAUAGUUUUAUAUUGCACUGUUUAUAGAGUUGUAUAUAAACCAAAG